ACAAAGCGCAAAACGGCAGAAUAAAAUAAAGUACUUCAAGAGAAUUUUGAUCAUUUGUAAAAUAUGACUGCCGUGUUAAAGAAACGUGCUUUAGCUGAGUUCAGCAUGGUUUUACAGGAAGCUCCUAAAAAACCAGCUAAGCACUUACGUUUGAUGAAGAAAACUUCUUACCAACCUGAACUUGAUCUAGACCUGCUGAAGGGAACUACUUCUAGUGCUGCUAUGAUUGUUCUCUUGCAAGUUGAAGAAGCCAUUAAAGGAGAGGUAGAUGCCAUUCCUUUGUACAACACUUUGCUAGAUCAUUACUUAAAAGAACCUGAACCUGCCGUACGUGUGAAAUUAGUAAACAUUCUUUCCCAAAUGGUACAAGCAAACCUAAUUGAAGCAUAUACAUUGUUCGAUGAUUUACAACCUUUAAUGAAGGGAGAGUCAUCUCAUAAAGUUUUAGCAGUUUUGCUUUCAACAUUCUUACGAAUAAAAAAACUGGAAAAAGAUGAUAAACUUCAUUUGCAAAUAUUUCAACUAGCUUCAAAGUACCUUAACAAUCGAAGUCAUGAAGUGAAAUGUGCGGCUUUAGCUGUCAUUGGAGAUUUUAUUGCCCUAGACGAUAAAUCGGAAUCUUUCCAAAAUACGCUUCAACUGCUUGCCGAGUACAGCCAUGAUCAUGAACCAAGGGUUCGAACAGAAGCUUUAAAUGCUUUAUUACAACUUCAUGAUCGAGGCUUAAAAUUAGAUUCUAGUUUGUAUGAGGUUGUUUGUGAAGCCCUCACUGAUGAUUAUGAGUGUGUCAGAAUGGCAGCUCUCAAAUUAAUUGAUGUCAUUAGUCAUUUGCAUUCUGAAAAGUUAGUAUCUGUGAGUCCCGAAGAACAAAUACGUUUAGCUGAUGAUGCCUUUGCCAAAAUCUGUACUAUGAUUACUGAUCCUUCUACGAAUGUUCGUGUACUUGCUGCAUCUUUAUUGGGUGGAUUUAGAGAAGUCAGCUUAGAGUUUCUUAACCAAACUCUGGAUAAGAAACUUUUAUCCACAUUAAGAAAAAAGAAACCUGGUUUUGAAGGAAAUAAAGAAAACAAUGAAAAUACUGAGUGGUCAUCUGGUAAAAAAAUGUAUACUGAAGUUUCAAAAGAAGAUAUUGAAGAUGAUAAUGUUAGUCUUAUGAGUUCAGGAGCUUGUGGAGCAUUUGUUCAUGGCUUUGAAGAUGAAUUGCAAGAGGUCCGAACUGCGACUUUGGAUUCAUUCUGUAAGCUGGCUACUUAUUUUCCAUCAUUCGCUUCAAUUUCCCUGGAUUUUCUUGUCGACAUGUUCAAUGAUGAAACUGAAGAAGUAUGCCUUAAAGCUAUUCACUGUCUUCAAAAAAUAAGUCUCCAUAUUAUGUUGAGGGAGGACCAGCUGAAAACAAUUUUAGUGGUGUUAGAGGAUUUCUCAAUGGAUUUAAGAGAAGCUUUACAUACUAUGCUUGCUUCUUGUCGUUUAACAACAAAAGAGUGCUUGAAGUUUUGUGUAGAUAGUUUAUUGAAAAAUUUGAUGCGAUACCCUCAGGAUAAAAGAUCUAUUUGGAGGUGCUUACAGCAACUUGGAGAGAGACACCCUUACUUAACAUUGCCUUUAGUUCCUGAGCUAUUAAGCAUUCAUCCUUUCAUUGACAUGACUGAACAAAAUAUUGAAGACCCUGCAUAUAUAUGCAAUCUGAUUCUUGUUUUUAAUGCUGCUUCAAAGUGUCAUGUCAUGCUUUCUUUGUUUGAUGAAUAUACUCAGAAACAUUAUUCUUAUUUAAAAGACACUUUGCCACACUUGGUUCCUCAUCUAAAGCUUUCUAAUGUAUCAGUGAGUUCUAUCGAUAUUGAAUCAUCUGAUGAACAUUCACGCAAGUUCUUAAAUCAAGUUCUUGAAAGAGUGGCGGCUGCUGAACACCGUAAUCCAAAAGCAAGACAAAAUAUAUUAGAAACUUCUAUACAGGAUUUGAAGCAGUUGUCUGCUAUUGAACCUAAGUUAUCUGCAGCUGCCAAUUGUGCUGCUUUAUACAUACAAUGUCAACUUCUUUUAGCUAAAAUUAUUUCAAACAAAAACUGGUUGAAUCCAUCAUUGUUGUCACCUUUGCAAAGCAGUACUCUCAAAUCAUCACUUGAAAAGCUACUUCAACUUUCAUUUUGUCUCAGUCAUCAGUUCUUGGGAUUGAAUAGUGAAGAAAUCAUUUGCUUACGACAGUUAAGACUUCGGGCUUUAUCCUUACAAUUGAUGGUCUUAAUAAGAGGAAGUAAUACAUCAGCUCUAGGACCUUGUGAAGCCUUUUUGGAACAAGUUGAUUCUUUGCAAAGAUUUCAGGAGGAACAGGGUUUGAGCCCAGACAGUUUUACAUCUGCACUAUUUAGAGAUUUGGAUUCUCUGGAAGACCCAAAACCUGGAACAGUUGCCAGAGUUCUGCAGCCAUUAUUGCAAUCCUGUCCAUGUCCCUCAUUGCGACUGAAUGUUGACAGCCCUGAAGGUCUUGCAAGGGUAAAACAAGCCAGCGCUGUGAUACAUGAACCAGCUGCCGAUUCUGAAAAUGUGCACAAGUUUACCGCUGGACUCGUUCUUGGAAUUACAAUGGAUGCAGAAGUUGAAAAUGUAGAGAAUGUGAAAAAUGUUAAAGUAAAGGUCAAAUAUCCUGACCAACAAGUUCAAUUAAUUCUACCUCGAUUAGCAGACUUCCGACAACAGGGAGAAUUGCAAUACAGGUUAUAUACAUCAGUCCUCCUUUCACACAGUAUUUGGUCUGAAGCUUGUCAUGUGGAGAUGAGUCUUGUACUAGACUUUAGUGAUACAGAAGUUUGUGCAAGAAAUAGUCAAAGAAGUACUGGGCUGUUAAAAGCUGAAGACAGCACUAUCGAAUUGUGUAAACCAGUGAAAGUUAAUAUUUCUCCCAAGCCAGCAAAGAAAGGAAUAUAAAAAAAACUCCCAUCAUAUUCUUUAUAUGUAAAUAUUUUUAUGUGAAAAUAAAACAUUCUUUUAGUUAUCAUAUAAAUUUCUCAAUUUUAUUUACAAGGAAGCAAUAAAAAUAUUUAAUAUAAUUUUUUGUAUCUACAACAUCACAUUGCUUUAGAGCUAUAUUAAAAGAUUUUCUGAUUCA